AGACUCCAAACUAGCCAAACGAAAACAGAGAGGGAGAUCGAAUAUACGAAUGGCUUCCCAAAACCACGACUAUUCUAUUCCACUGUUCUCUGGCACCCCUCCUCCUCGUCUUGGAUGGUGGUUACGACCAAUAGUGACUGUGCCGGCACGUCAUGAUCGUCAAGCCACUUGCAUGGAAAAUACGGUUUGCAUUACACCAUGUUGUGCCGCAAUAUUCACCAUCAUCGCCGUAAUGCUUUUUAUGUUUCAAGUCCUCGACAAAGCUCAAUGCGACGCCAAAUUCACCAUCCAAGCCAUCGCCGUCUCUCCAUCCUCUGCCACAUGGCAUGUUGAUUUUCUCGUCAAGAACCCUAGCUCUAGGUAUUCUAUCUACUACGAAAAGGAUGAAACUGCCGUGAGUCUCGGUGCCUUAAGCGCUGCCGUUUUAAAUAUCUAUCACGAACCUAAGUCCCCAAGUCACACGGCUUUCUCAGUGGACUUCGUUGCCCAGGGUUACCCAAACGACGUCGUUUUCCAACAAUUAUACAUCAAAUUAAGGGCCAAGCAUAAGACGUACGGAGACAGCUAUGAUAACGCUGGACAUGUUGAGAUAAGGUGCCAUAAUAUAACCCGAAGCAAUGAGAACGUUGACAAGAUUCAUUGUCACUCUUCUUUCACAAAAUUGAAGAUUUUGUAUGGCAGAGUUUCUAACAAUUAGGCCUUUUCAGGUGUUUUUCUUGUUAUUUACUCAAGAUCUGGUUUAUUUUGAUUUCUUUUUUAAGUUCUUGUUUAUAGAGUCAUCAAAGAGAAGAAUACUAAAAUAAGAUGUUGGAUUUAUAAUCAUUUUGAGAAUUUAAUAAUCGCA